AUGGGUCAGGUUGUCCUUGGCGAUGGUGGUGAUGAUGAUGAUGAUGAUCCAAAUCUCUUCUCCACUUUGACCCCACCUUCCAUGGCGAUGAUUGCUAACUCCACGGGGAUGACCUCCAAUGACCUCUCCCUGAACUCAACGUUGACCCUUAGUCCGGAACCUUGGACCCCGCCUCCUUGGUACCAAUUCCACGUCUGCUCCGUGGCCCCUUACGGAUUCAUCUUCUACUUUGGAGUCAAAGUCUUCAACCUGGCCAUAGGCACACCCUGCAAUAUACUGGUCCUGUGGCAGAUCUCCAGCAGGAAAAGUGACUCGUCCACGUCUGACAUCUUCAUCUUUAAUCUGGCUUUAAUGGACACCUACUUCUGCCUCAUGGGGCCUAUAGACAUUGUCAACAGGCUGGUCCUGGACCACCAAGGCAUCUGGUACUUCCAACGCUUUGCCUACGGGGUCAAAGACACAGGACCCCUCUUCCUGGUGUGUAUCUGUCUGGACCGCUACGUGGCCGUGGUCCAUCCGGUGCUGUUCACCGGUAUCCGUGACAACAAGAUCCGCGUUGGUGUCUCCGUGGUAACCUGGGCCCUCAUCCUGGCCUACAGCCUCACAAAGAGCAUCCUGGGAGUCAUGUCUGUCAACGAGGUGUUCAGCGGCCUCAUCCUCUUCGCCUUCGCCCUCAUGAUCUACUGUAACCUCUCCAUCAUAUGGGUCCUACGCCGCUCCGUAGCCGGGAAGGAGGUGAUGCACCCCGUGAAGAAGAAGGCCUUCAAAAUGGUGCUGGUCAUCUUGGGUAUAAUCUUCGUCAACUACCUUCCUCCCGUGGCUCUUGUUCCGUUCUUCUCCUACUACACGUUCGUCCAGUUCCGCUGUCAGGUGACUAUCAGUGUGUUCUCCAUCAUGGAUCUGAGUUGUAGUCUGGAGCCACUUCUGUAUAUGACCAAGAUGGACAGGCCUGCGUGUGUUCCUGGCUGGUGCUGUGCGGGGGAGAGCUCGGCCAAGAAACCCUACGAGGUUAAAGUGUGA